AUGACGUUGGCUUCUACCCCUAAAAGCGACAUCGAGGAGGUGCAGCAGAAUACAUCGCACACGGAACGGCUGGAGUUGGCCAAUCACACCGUUAUGAAGGCCUGGAGCCUGCUGAGCAAGAGGUGGUACCCCGACUACCAUAUGGCCCCCUUCUCCGGCUGGAUGGGAGUGCCAGGCGGCCUCUGUCACCACAACGGUGUAUAUCAUGUUUUCUACCAGCAUAACCCCUUCAGGGAGAACUGGGGUCCAAUGCACUGGGGCCACUUCACAAGCGAGGACCUCGUGUACUGGAACCACCAGCCCAUCGCCCUCGCUCCAGGGGAGUCGUUUGACCACGAUGGAUGCUUCUCUGGCUCAUCAGUGAGCUACGAUAACAAAAUAUACAUUUUCUACACGGGACACACCUGGUGCACCGAGACUAAGAAGGGCGGCGGCAGCGCCUCAGUCGGUGAUGGAACAUCGUUUUAUCAGCAGCAGUGCGUCGCUGUCAGCAGCGAUGGCGUGAACUUUGAGAAGCUCGGCGUUGUCGUGCGCCCGCCACCGGGGUACGUGCACUUCCGUGACCCGAAGGUGUGGCAGCAGGACGGGCGGUGGUGGAUGGUGUGCGGUGCCCGAGACGUGACGAAGGACCUUGGCCAGCUGCUUCUCUUCACCACGCAGGACCUCCUUUGCUGGGACGACACGAACUGGCAGGUGCUAGGGAUGACGGAGGACAAGAACGUGUUCAUGUGGGAGUGCCCCGACUUCUUUCAGCUAGAUCAGAGGGACGUUUUUGUGUACUCGCCGCAAGGGAUGCGGAAGGUCGGCUAUGCUAACCGGAAUCGAUUUCAGAGUGGUUACCUCCUUGGCUCGUGGGACACAUCACUGGUGGAGCCAGCACCACCACAAGUAAAAGGAGAGGCGCCGAGGGAUCCUGCUGACAGAGGUCGCGCCAUUGGCGGGCCCCGCUGGCUGACCUCGUUUGACGUGACACAGCGCUUCCGUGAGCUUGACAGAGGCCAUGACUUCUACGCGCCGCAGACGCUGUCCACUGUGGAUGGGCGGCAACUUAUCAUAGGCUGGAUGGACAUGUGGGAGAGCCCCAUGCCGACGCGCGAGCACGGUUGGAGCGGCUGCUUGACACUGCCGCGAGAGCUGAUUUUAGACUCGCUCACGGGCAGCAUUCGCAUGGUGCCGCCCAAAGAACUCCAGCAGCGGCGGUGCGCGCAGGCAACCAUUCCCGUACAACGCAUUCUGGAGAGCACUGAUCGGCUUCUUGUGGAGGAAUGCACUGCCUACGAGCUAGAUAUCGCCUUCAACACGGAGACGAGCACGGCGGAGAAGUACGGGCUGUGGCUCGGCUCGGGGGCGGAGCUGUACGUGGACGCGCAGUCGAAGCGGCUGGUGCUGAACCGCCACUACCCGCAGUACAUGCUGAGCGGGUAUCGCUCCUGCGAGAUGCCGGCAGGUGUGCUUCUGCAGCUGCACGUGUUCAUUGACCGCUCGUCGAUUGAGGUGUUCGUGAACAACGGCGAGGUCACUUUCUCUUCCCGCGUCUUCCCCGAGGAGGGCGACCGGGCACUGCGCGUCUUCUCGGUGAACGGGGUUGCGGACAUGGCGGGCGGUACCAUGUGGAAGCUCGAGACGACGGUGAAGCACUGA